AUGAGAGAUGUUUGUGUGAGUUUUGAGGAAAACGGACAGGGACGCUGCAGAAGAGCGUCAACCACCCACCUCAAACCAACUGAAUGUUCCAGUGCUCCACAAUCGAGCGCAUUCAUUCCACUUCAUUCAAGCAUUCCUAACUCUCACCUUGCUCACCCUGCUGCCUUCCUCCCUUUCAUAAGCCGACUACUCGUUGUCCUUCAGGGUCCUUUCUUCCUUCUUGAGCGUCUCAAGCGUCUCGACUCUCCAAUCUCGCAUGGAGUAUCCAACUGA